AUGGCUUCACAGAAAACGAUCGACCUGGGCGCCCAGCACCUGCCCGUCGGGUCGGCGGCGGACCAGUUGCGGGCGCUGGCCGACGCCGCGGAGGCGACGGGCUACGCCUUCGACACCUACGGCGCCGGCGACGGCUUGAACGCCUUCGAGGCCAAGGUCGCGGCCAUGCUGGGCAAGGAGGCGGGCCUCUUCGUGGCGACGGGCACCAUGGCCCAGCAGAGCGUGCUGCGGGCCGCGACCUGGGUCCACGGCCUCGGGUCCAAGCCCAAGGUCUUCGUGCACGGCACGAGCCACCUCGUGCACCAGGACUGCCUCCGCGACGGCGCGGAGCAGGCGAAGAAGUUCGCGCGGCACGCGGCGGUGAACCUGCCCGACUUCGACGCCGCGGCCCUCGGGUCCUUCGAUCGCGUCAUUCAGCUCCGGGACGUCGUCACGGCCUUCUACGUGCCCGGCGCGGAGCGCAACGCGGCCGUCGUUUUGGAGCUCCCGCAGCGCAUGAACGGCGCGCGGCCCGCGCGGAGGAAACGGAGGCCGCCAUAG